CGUAACCAAAAAGCUGAUAAACUUGGGGCAGUUCUGGGCUCUUGGGGUAUGAGCGGGGCUUGAAACCAUGUGGCAUACGGCCGCCUCCGGAGUGAAGCCGAAUUGGCUCCCCUAUUAAAGCCAGAGGUUAUCCGCUGGCGCAAACUGUCAUUUGGCUUUGAAUCAAGGUUAUAGCAGCGUUUUUCAGCGAACACAUCCAUAACAAUGUCUACACAUCGUCGGCCUCCACCCGCGUACACUGCCGCUAAGGAUUCAGCGGUGUAUGGCACGUCCCAAGUCUAUAGGAAUAUCUCGGAGAGUGCUUCCAGCGAUUCUGGGAGGAUUCUCGAGACAUCAUUCACUAUCCGUCCCUGCUCUGGACAGGCUUGGGUGGUGCCAGCCGGGCAUGUCUGUCGACUGACUACACCCAAAGGGCCGCAAGUGGGCGAUCUCAACAUUUGGAAUGCGAAUAAUCCCCGAGAGCGACUUUGGGCUGCUCGCACGCGUCAAAUCCACGCUUCUCAUGUGUCGGUCGGUGACCGCCUCUGGUCAAACCUGCCAUAUCUACGGCCCCUCGUCACCAUAACUGGAGACUCCCUGAAUGGUGGACAAUUGCAUGAGGUUUUGGAAGUUAACGGCCAGCGGAAGGAGGGUGUUGGCUUUGGCACCUCACAAUGGGGUGGACGUGUUCAUGAUUUGCUUGGAACCAGAUGCGAUCCCUACGUCAAUUUGCUUAUGGGUGGAGAAACCUUUGACUUCCACUGCCACUCGAACUUGACGCGCGCGGUCAUGCCUUAUGGCCUGACUGAAUUGGAUGUGCAUGAUGUGCUGAACGUCUUUCAGGUAACGGGUUUGGACGAGCGGGGAAAGUACUUCAUGGAGACCUCGCCGGCGAAGCCGGGCGAAUACUUUGAGUUCUUUGCCGAAGUAGAUGUGCUCUGUGCACUGUCGGCUUGCCCUGGAGGGGAUCUCUCUCAAUGGGGAUGGGAGGAGAAGGGCGAGAAGAUGGGCGCUACGACCCGUCCAUUGGGGGUGGAGGUGUACAAGCUGGCUGAUCCCAAGAUACUGGAUGAUUGGAAACAGCCUGAGAGCCCCAAUUAUAGGGGACAGCAUGGGUUGCAAAUGCCACGACGGGAAACCGAUGAUAGUGGCUACGUUGGUCUAUAGUUGUGUCCAUGAAUCAUUUUGUACCUCCUAGGAAACUCUGCGCAAAUGGAGUCCGAGUUCGAACAUU